AUGGCAAUAAUGCCAUUAAUUUGGUUCCCGAAGCAAAUAGAGCACUACGGAUUAUGCUGUUCCUGUGUGCAAGGUUUGCACCAAAGCAUUAAGAGACCUUCCAUCAAUGCAAAUAAUUUCGAAAUUAAGCCAGCUUACAUUCAGAUGAUUCAGUCUUCAGUCCAGUCUUCAGUCCAGUUUAGUGGAUUACCUAGUGAUGAUCCUAAUUCUCAUUUGGUAAAUUUCCUAGAGAUUUGUGACACCUUCAAGUACAAUGGAGUAACUGAUGAUGCUAUUAGAUUGAGACUGUUUCCUUUUUCUCUGAGAGAUAAAGCAAAAAGUUGGGAGAGGUUUAAAGAACUACUAAGAAGAUGUCCACAUCAUGGGAUUCCUGAUUGGUUGCAAGUUCAGACAUUCUACAAUGGGUUGGUUGGGUCAAUAAAAACCAUAAUUGAUGCUGCCGCUGGUGGGGCAUUAAUGAGUAAGAAUGCUGUAGAUGCCUACAAUUUGUUGGAAGAGAUGGCCUCCAAUAAUUAUAAAUGGCCUUCAGAAAGGUCGGGUUCGAGAAAAGCUGUUGGAGCUUAUGAAAUUGAUGCACUUGGCACUUUAACUACUCAAGUAGCUGCGUUGUCCAAAAAGCUUGAUACACUGGGAGUUCAUGCAGUUCAAUAA